CCAAUUUUGGGGAUCUAAAUGAACCUUUGGAGCUUAUUCGGCUGUUAUGUUGCCAUUUUAAUCAUACCACAGAAAAACACAGCCUAAACUGCACACUCAAGGCACCAUUAAGAAAUCUAAAAAUAAAGUGAUGCAAAGUGAACCUCUGGGAAGUUCUUUGGAUCGGCUGGUACGCUGAUUCAAACACAUCUGUAGCUUAUACGGCUGGAAGACUCUUUGGAAAACCAUUCCAGAUGACCACCUCAUGAAGCUCAUGGAGAGAAUGCCAAGAGAGCUGAGACAUUUGUAGAAGUCUACCAUCAUGGCUGAUGCGUUUAGUAGCAGCUCGGAGACUGUGAUUCAGCGUGUGGUUGACGUUAACCUGAAGGAAAACACUCCGGCUGAAAAACUCUUUGAGUUGUAUCAGAUUAGGAAGACAUGCGCGUUCAUAAACGAGCAUAACUUUGGAAAGGUUGCUCUGCAGUUUCCUGAUGAGUUGCUGGUUGACUCAGCGGCAGUGGCUGAAGAGAUCGAGAGAAACAAUCAAGCCAAAACGUUUAUUUUAGGAGAUACGUCUUAUGGCAGCUGCUGUAUUGACGAGGUAGCAGCAGAACAUGUUGGAGCUGACUGCAUUGUGCACUACGGCAGCGCCUGCCUCAGCCCGUCCAAACGGCUUCCCGUGAUGUACGUCUUUGAGAAAAGACCGCUAGAUGUGGAGAUGUGCACCGCCUCUUUUAGGGAGCUCUACCCGGACCCACAGACGAACAUCCUCCUCCUCUAUGAUGUCAACUACGAUCAUGCUAUCGGCAAUCUUUUGACGCACCUAUUGCCAGAGUAUCCGAACCUUGUAGCCACUGAGCUUGUUGUUGAAGGGGAACAGUGUUACAGUCACGGACGGCUCAACAGAGACAAUAACAUAAUAUCUCCUCCUGGGGAUGACAACAGCCAGACCAUUUGUCAGUUUGGACGGCAGUUCUCCUUAAAAAGUGGUUCAUCUUUAACGGACUACCGUAUGUUCUAUGUAGGCCAGGAGGGAGCAACUUUACGAAACUUCAUGAUGACCUGGAAUCGCUGCUCAUUUUGCUCAUUUGAUCCUGUGUCAAUGAAGGGAAGGAUCGAGUCUGUGAAUGUCAACCGUGCUCUGAUGAAGCGCUAUUAUGCCAUUGAAAGGGCCAAAGAUGCCAACGUGGUCGGCAUCCUUGUUGGCACCCUGGGCGUGGCCGACUACCUCGCCAUCCUCCAGCAGCUCAAAGAGACUCUUCACAGAGCCGGCAAGAAGAGCUACACGUUUGCCAUGGGGAAGCUCAAUGUACCCAAACUAGCAAACUUCCUGGAAAUCGACAUCUUCGUGCUCAUCGCAUGUCCCGAGAACUCGCUGCUGGACUCGAGUGAGUUCUUCAAACCUGUGGUGACACCGUUCGAGAUGGAGGUAGCCUGCAACAGGAAGAGGGAGUGGUCUGAGGAAUAUGUCACAGAUUUCCGACACCUGCUGCCAGGUGGACGGAGUCACGUGCCGAUGGCUGACCAGCAGAAAGAUGACGACGAGAUCGAUGUAUCGUUAAUAACCGGAGCUCUGCGCAGUCAGAACCUGCUGAACAGCGAGCCUGUAGAGUCCUCGUUUGGGUCUUCUGUGGUGCUGAGGAACCAGACUCUGACUGUAGCCAACACGAACUCGGCAGCGUCUUUUCUGGCUGGUCGAAGCUGGCAAGGCCUGGAGCAGAAGCUGGGAGAGACUCCUGUAGUAAAGGCAGUGGAGGGCAGGAGAGGCAUAGCUAUCGCCUACGAGGAAGAAGGAACAUCUUGAUAAGUUACUAGAAAUCCUCUCAGCCAUCAUAAGAUAAUUUAUUCAUUUAUGAAUGGACAAUUAUACCACCAGGAGCUAAAUGUUUCUUUCAUGUUUUGUUCCUGUAUUAUCAGUCAGCACAACCUUUUUAUUUCAGUAAUGUUUAAUGAAUAAUUGAAUGUAACACAAUUUAAAUAACUGAUUACAAUUGAUUUCUCACUUUC